GGCGGGAACGUCUUUCCCCGGCAGUCCCCGGCCUCCGCGCCCUGGUGGGGAGGUGUGCGGGUUUGCUCUGGACGGCCGUGAGCUCGCCCCCGGUAGGACUCCUUGGCGGCCCAGACGAUAAUACCAAGAACAUCAGAUGGCAUCUGGAGAUAUCUGCUCGUCUGGAGAAGGGGUUGAAAUACUGCAGCAAGUGUGUGGCAAGCAGUUUCCUCCUUGCUCCCUGAGUGAAGAGGAUCUGAUACAGAACCCGUAUUUCAGCAAGCUGUUGCUCAGUAUCUCAAAGCAUGUGGACGAAAGUGGCUUAAGCCUCUCGCUGGCGAAAGAGCAGGCUCAGGUGUGGAAUGAACUUCGGCUGCACAAGGCGGCAUGGCUGAGGUGUGAGACCUUACAGAGGGCCAUCCAGGAGCUGCUCACUGACUACUAUGUGAGGGCACAAGACGCAAACCUAAGCUCGGAAGACAAAAAGUUUUAUGAGACUCUUGAGCAGCGGCUGCUGGUAACUGAACUGACACAGCUUUCAGGUCCAGGCCAGGAGACGGAGAUGCCCUCCCUGCUGGGCCUGGAGAAGGCCGACCUUCUGGAACUCAUGCCCCCGUCACAGGAUUUCGUGUGGAUGAGGGCUCGGCUCCAGGCAGAGGUGGAGGAGCAGCUCAAGAGGAAAUGCUUCACUCUGCUCUUCUACCACGACCCCAGCUCAGAUACUGAUGGAGAAGCCCUGAAAGCAGCGAAGGUGUGGUCCCUCACAGAGGUCCUGCUGGGAGAGAAGCAGCAGUGCCUGGAUGCCAAGGGCCAGCAGCAGGAGCAGCUGGUGUUGCUGGAGAAAAAGAGGACUGCCUACUCCCAGGUGCUUCUCCGCUGCCUCACCUUGCUGCAGAGGCUCCUUCAGGAGCACCGGCUGAGGACUCAGUCCGAGCUAGACCGCAUCAACGCCCAGUACCUGGAGAUCAAGUGCAGCGCUAUGGUCCUUAAGCUAAGGAUGGAGGAGCUGAAGAUUUUGUCUGACACUUACAGUGCUGAGAAGGUUGAAGUUCAUCGGCUGAUCAGGGACCGUUUGGAGGGAGCCAUUCGCCUCCAGGAGCAGGACAUGGAGAGAUCAAGGCUGGUCCUGGAGACCUACGAGGUCCUCGGAGAAGAUUUUGAGAGCCUGGUGAAGGAGUACACGCAGCUCAAGCUGGCCACGAAGAACAAGCGCUGGGCGCUCCAGGAGUUCAGCAGGGCCUGCCGCUGAGCCCGGUAGGCGGGGCCAG